GCGAGACUGAGGUUGGGAUGCUUGCUUCAGCACCGCGGACAGCUCCCUGUGCAGAGCGCAGCCGGCGCGGGCAGAUCUGCGCAGCGUGGAAAAUGAAAACAAUUUGAUUCCGAACUUGGAUUUUUUUUAUUACCACUGCUGGAAAACAACAGAUAUAACAAGUUUUCUGCAUGAUGCAUUUUUUUCGUGCGUUAGUAACCAGUCAUGUGUGUAAUGACAGUUCACCAUCAGAGUGACUAGAAGACUGCCAAGUUUUUUUUCUUUUCUCCACAUCUUAAUCCGAAAGGAGGAGGCUGAGCGUCUUGAAAUUUAAGUGAGAAGACCACAUCAGUAAAUCGAUCAUAUUCUAAAAAAGAAGUUGCUCACUUCCCCCAUCGUUGCGCGCCUGUGCGGAGAUCCGCUUCUUUGCCAGCUGGAAAAUACUCCCAGGAACAAAACAAUGUCCGCAGAGGAAGUUUCUUUUUCAGAAGAUGCAUUAGGCUUCUUUCAACCUCCUCGUCUCUUCGUAAUGCUGUUUUCCCAGAGGCUAUGGGAGUCCUAUGUGAGCCUUUGAUGCGCCAGGAUCCAUUUAGCCUCUGUGAUUCUCCUCUCUAACCCACAAAGAAGCCGUUUACAAAAGGGGCACCACAUUUUCCCCUUUAACUGUUUUAUGGGUUAUAAUCUCAGUGGAUUAAUACAUUCUAUUUUUUGCGGGAUGAAGUUGAAGGCUGUGCGUCACAAGAGCAGGAGACGUGGUUUGCGCAACUUUUGACACGGAUCUAAACCCGUUUUCCUUCUUUCAUUCAUUAUUUGAGACUUUAGUGUGUUUGCGUGAGUGUGUGUGUGUGUGUGUUGAUGACAGAAACGAUGGCGCUGAGUGUGAACUGCAGGACUAACCCCAUAGAGCAAGCAUCCGUCCAGAACAGUUUCCCAGAUGUGGUUGAGUUAAACGUAGGAGGGCAGGUUUAUUACACGCGUCACGCAACUUUGGUGAGCACCCCCAGUUCAUUACUAGGCAAGUUAUUUUCGUCCAAAAAAGACGCGGGUAACGAUCUAGCGAGGGACCCCAAGGGUCGUUACUUCAUCGACAGGGACGGCUUUUUGUUCCGAUACGUGUUGGACUACCUCCGGGACAAGCAGGUCGUCCUGCCGGACCACUUCCCGGAAAAAGGGAGGCUCAGGAAGGAGGCAGAGUACUUCCAACUGCCUGAUUUGGUGAAGCUCCUGACCACUGAGGAUGUCAAGUUCAGCCCGGACGACUACAUCCUCAGCGACUAUGAGGAUGGGUCCCAGGGCAGCGACCACAGGCAGUGCCCCCCGCCCUCUCUCGUCCCCGCGGACAGAAAGAGCGGCUACAUCACGGUGGGGUACCGGGGGUCAUGCACCACUGGCCGUGAGAGUCAAACCGACGCCAAGUUCAGAAGGGUACCCCGGAUACUUAUAUGCGGAAGGGUGGCCCUCGCCAAAGAGGUGUUUGGGGAGACUCUGAACGAGAGCCGGGACCCGGACAGGACGCCGGAUCGGUACACGUCCCGGUUUUACCUGAAGUUCAAGCACCUGGAGAGAUCUUUCGACAUGCUGUCGGAGUGCGGCUUCCAGAUGGUAGCGUGCAACUCCUCCGUCACAGCCUCGUUUGUCAACCAGCACACCGAGGACAAAAACUGGUCCAGCUACACAGAAUACGUCUUCUACCGUGGCGCAUCACGUUGGUCGUCCCCUCCAUGUGACUGCUGCUGCAAGAACCACAAGGGUGACGGUGAAGGCGAGAGCGGCACCUCCUGCAAUGAUCUUUCCACCUCCAGCUCUGAGAGCCAGUCAGAGGCUAGCUCCCCCCAGGGAACUGUCAUCUGUGGUCCAGUCAGUCGUCAGUCACACCCACACGCCAAGGUCCAGACCCUAGAUAGACCACCAAAAAAAGGCCCUGUCACCAUGCUUCAGCAGUCUGAACAGCGAAGGAAGAGUGACUUGCUGCGCACUCUUACAGCCAGCUCCCGUGACACCAGCUCCUCCAAGAAAAGGCCUGCAAAAGAGAAGCUAACAGUCGAGGAGGAGCUUGAAAAGUGCAUUCAAGACUUCCGCAAGAUCAAGAUCCCGGAGAGAUUUCCUGAAAGGAAGUACAUGUGGCAGGCUGAUCUACUGAGAAAGUACCGCCUCUGAGCUUGGACAGUGGAGACAGAAAGGAAACAAACUCACGGCCAAGGAUCAGUUUGGGUGUUUUUUGUUCGUGACUUCUGCUACAAAAUCAAGUUUCUGGAAGACAAACUAUGCUUGGAAGCUAAAAUUCUUUACAGAAACCAAACAGAACCCUAGAAAAAAGAUUGUUGACAAUAUGUAGUAUGUGUGUGAGUAUGUAGUUUAGCCCUUGUGUAUACCGUUGGUGCGUGCUGUAAACCACAGAAUGCAUUAGGACAUCAUUUAUUCCAUGGGACCAAUGCCAGUGGGCUAAUUGUUUAACCAAUAGAUGAUCUGUCAAAGGGUACAUUUGGUGUUACUGGUGGCUACUGGACUGCACACAUUGUAGCAUGUCACCAUAUCACAAAAAAGAACAAAAUUAUCACACAUUUAACAUUUUUUUUCCAAAAACAUGCUUACCAAGUAUGAGAAAGUGUGAUAAUGUGUCUGUUUCUGCACCCAGUUGGCCUGGAAAUCACAUAUAAAUCUACAUCUGGACCGGUUAUCAUUUCAGGGAAUCCAACACAGUUAUCACCACAAAUAACUCCAGAGUUUUCUGCUGCCAUGGCACAAACAGCUCAGUUGAUUGCUUUACUUUUUAGGUAACAUUUGGAGACCACAAAGGCAGAAGGAGAAACGAUUUCAUCAGCAUCUUAAUGACUUCCCUUCUUCGGAUAUUAGUUACUUUGCCAAGGUUUCCCAAGAGGGCAUCAGACUGCUGCACAAUGCCUUUGAUUUUUGCUGUGUUGACUGGAUGUUGAGUAAUAGCCAGAGUAUGAGGCUUAAAUGAAAGAAAUAGUUCAGCAGUGGGGGAAAAGUAUAAGCUAUGAAAGGUCAAAACAGAUCAGCACAGAGGUCAGUCAUGAGAACACAGCUUUAUUCACUUAUAACUGAUCAUAAGAAUUCUUCUCACAAACAGACACAAUAUUCAGACAAUUAAUGCCAUGUAACCACAGCAUAGAGGGAAAGAGGAAGUCCUCCUGCAUUUGGUAACUCUGUCAACACAAAUGCUUUCCUCAGCACAUUGUCUGUUGACAGGCUAGUCAAUAUUUAUUGAUGAUGGCUCAGUUGAUGGACCUGGGGUAUGGCUUUUAACAAGUAAGAAUGAAGCACUUGGGUGCUUGAAAAAGACAAGCUGCCCAUAGUGUUAGGGAAAAUUAGCUUUUAUUGAUGUUUUUUUUUUUUUACAGUUCUGGUUCUGU